AAAUUUUUUUUUUUUUCUUUUUUCUCUCUCCCUCUGCCUUGUUUCGGCUGUCGUUCCCAGUUUCCACCUGUCAGAUUGCCAACUCCCGGAACAGCGGAUUUGACUGACUCAACGAACUCUUUCCCCCCCCCCAUAUUGUGGCUGGCGUCAGUGCGUGUGCCCUUAUCGAUACGAUAGAUACUAGUCUUGAUAGCAUCAAUUUCCCCCCAUCAGCAAGAAAUCCUGACGAUUACUGGCGAGAACCUCCCUCCUUUCUCCGCCCCCGACCAUUCCGGCCUGCGAACGAUGGAUUGAGUGUCGUCAUCCGUCAUAUCCCUGUUGUUCCUCUUCCUCGAAAAGUACGUGACCUCACACAGGGCCAGGGGGCAAUCACCAAGGUUUUUAGGUGCUAUACUCGAACGAUCGUUUGUCGCUGGACUCAUGUUGCCAUCAAUCGAGAUGCCCCGUAACAUCCUCAUUGCUGGCGCUGGCAUUGCCGGUCUCGCUUGCGCUAUUUCACUGUCGAAGGAGCUGGGCUCCUCGAUUCCCGAUCUGAAGAUAUCCGUAUUCGAAGGGGCAGCGGGUCCUUCCGCCUCAGGGGGCGCUAUCAGUUUGACCCCCAUCGCGCAGAAGUACCUUCAUCAGUUGGGGGUUCUGUCGGAGCUGAAUCGGAUGGGAAACGAUGCGGGAAUUGAGGUCGACAUCAUUGAGCUCUUUUCGUUACGGUCCGGCCGUCGCCUGGGCCCCCUACGGUUCACUGACGAGAACGGGCGUGGAUACGGAGGGUACAAGGGCCGUCGAGUGAUGCGCAGUGCGCUGUCGCGCGCCAUGUUGGCUGUUAUCCGCGAUCUCCCAAAUGUGUCUGUCUUUUAUGAUGCGAAAGUGGUGGGCGGCAGCACCACCGAUGACAGCGCCACGCUCCAGUUCGAGAAUGGGACUGUGGCCACCGGGGAUCUACUUCUCGGCUGUGACGGGGUACAUUCCAUCACGCGCACAAAAAUUGUCGACCCGGGCAAUCGAUCAGAGUAUUCGGGGAUCUCCUUCAUUCAGAGUAUGGUCGAUGCCCAGGAAUUCACCCUGCCCAUGCACUUCGACCAGACAGCGGUGCAUUUCACCCGUCAUAGCUCGCUGCUCACCAGCUACUGUGACCCGGCACGAGAGAGGAUCUUCGCUGCGGCAAUCCUUCGCGUCAACGAGCAUCUCAUCGAACGAUAUCAGGCCGCUUCGAACAACACCCCGCAAUCCGAAGCGAGCAUGAAGAUGUCCAUCCGGUACCUAAUACGCACGCAAUUUGGCAAAUCCACCUUACCCAGCAUCCGGGAGCUGGUCGACCGUAUCGAGGACUGGGCGCUGUACCCGGUGUAUCAAGUACGCCAGCGCGGGAAAUGGUACAAAGGGCGAGUUCUCCUGCUGGGAGAUGCAGCACAUGCGAUGCCUCCUCGUGACGAGUCAGCCGCCUACGCCAUCGAAGACGCCCUCAUCCUGACCCAAAUACUCGCCCAGCACCGCGAUGACAGCGGCUGCCCCCUGUCAAAUCUCUUUCAGGAAUACGAAGCCGCCCGCAGAGUCCUAGUGGACAAGGCCUUCGACGCCUCGCGCAGAUUGUGGCAGAGCGACCUCGACAAGGGGCUCUUCCCGGGUCAUGUCCGGGAUCUCAUGUCGCCUGUACAUGUUUCGUCAGCGACCUCCUCGGCGCCGCGUGGAACUGUGGCGACCCAUCAGAGCUUUUCGGAUUUAUCGGUGUACUCGCUGACGAGGGAGUUUCAGGGGGAGAUUGAGUCUUAGAUGCCGUAGACCUCUGUCGCUUCAUCUCAUGAUGGGCCGUGUUGGAUGUGUUCUGGUCGUUUUUGCUCUUCACUCAGCAUUAUACCUGGUCUCUGAGCUCAGAGUCUUCAGAGAGGAGUCAUGGAGUCUCAUAUAUAUCAUAGAAGGAUGCAUUGUUCCAUUUUUAUCAUACUCAACAUCUGGUAUGAUCCCGGGAUUUAAGGAGUUUCGAAGACAGACUCUAUCUAAU